GUCAAGGCUUUUUGGUUGUUUAGGACGUGGAGGGAAAGCCAGGCCGGCUGGGGAACCCUGGGAGUUGAAAUCCCUAAACGUGGCCAAGGUUGGACAGCCUUUUUUGAAAGCCACAGGUCCUUCUCCAGAGCGGCUGUCCAAGCACAUCGGAGCGAUGAAGGAAAGCAUCCAAGACAAGAAGUACUGGGGAGGCCCCCCCAGCCUCCACGACCCCAUGGGGCACCCCGACCAGUUUUGUAGAGCUUCCCGAGAAUGGCGCGAUCCGGAACACCAACGAGGCGGCUGCUUCGAAGGGAGCCGGCGCCUGGCCUGCGCCAAGAAGCCGCUUCCCAGUUUCAACCCCUUGUCCUCCAGCAGCGACGAGGAACAACGCGAAGGCCAGUGGGAUCUCUCCCGCGUAUCCAGCUGGGGGGUGGCGGGGGGCCCUUCGGAGCUCUCCCGGCACAAAGCCCCCCGGGGGAAGUUGGCCAGGAGCGGGGGCCGCGCCUGGCCUUUCGAAGUCAGCACCAGCGCUCAGGCCAGAAGGCGUCCGCAGCUGCUGGGGACCUCCAGACAUUGUUUCCGCCGUAAGCGACAACGGGCUCUGCGCGCUUUCCGGAUGUUUCUGUAUUCCAAGAGCUCUCUGGCUUUCCACUGGAAGCUGUUGGGCAAGAUGGCCACCAAGGGACGCCGGCGAGGAGGGGCAAAGCGGGCCCGGUCGUCCAUGUCCCUCUCCCCCGGCUCCCAGCCCGACGACGACCACCUCCCCAUCUUUAAGAAAAGCUGCCCUGUGGGAGCAGAGGCAGAGGACUGCCAAAGCGCGGCCAAGGGCCGGCCCCACCCUGCUGGCUGCAAGCCUCACUCUUCUGAGCCCCGCCUGGACUACCAAUUGGGGGGAGCCUUCCCCCCGUCUCCAUCCACGCCUCAGCACUCCCGCCUCAGCUUGCUGGGGGCCCUAAUGGAAGAGGCGUCCCCCUACCCUCAGUACAUGGAGCUCCAGCGGGUGAGCUUCGACAAGGACCCCGGAGCCAUGGAACUCGGGGCGGAAGAACCGGCCACCCUGCUCAAAUACCCUGCCCGGGGUGCCCAGGGGUCCCCCAGGACUAGGAAGACGGGAGAGCCACAGCACGGCCUGGACGGAGAUGGAGACGCCCUGGAUGCCCUUCCCAACGGCUUCGCCUCUCUCCCUCCGGACGGCGACCUCUGCUCCCUGCCCGGCUUGCCGGACGCCACAAUCCUCAUCAGCAACGUCUGUAGCAUCGGGAGCCACGUGGCCGAGGAACUUUUCCAAGGGACCCGAGACAACGGCCGGCCGCUGGAUCCUUCAGCCGGUCGGGUGGAAGACGGGAGCCGGCCGGCCGAAGCGGCUGCCGAAGAGGCCGAAGAGAGACCGGGCGAGAACACGGCUCAGCCCAGUCUGCUGCGGGAGGAACACAUCACGUGUGUGCACAAUAUCUUGGACGAGUUCCUGCAGACGUACGGCAGCCUCAUCCCCAUCAGCGUGGACGAGGUGGUGGGGAAGCUGGAGGACAUCUUUCAGCAGGAAUUCUCCACCCUCCAGAGGAAGAGCUUGGUGAACCAGCUGAUCCAGUCCUACCAGCGCAUGCCAGGCAACGCCGUGGUUCGGACCUUCCGGGUGACUUACAAGCGCCAUGUGGUGACCAUGGAUGACCUGCAGACCCUUUUUGGGUCCAACUGGCUCAAUGACCAGGUGAUGAACAUGUAUGGGGACCUCGUUAUGGACACGGUUCCAGAAAAGGUUCACUUUUUCAACAGUUUUUUCUACGAUAAGCUACGAACCAAGGGGUACGAAGGAGUGAAGCGCUGGACCAAAAAUGUGGACAUUUUUAACAAAGAGAUCCUGUUGAUCCCGAUCCAUUUGGAGGUUCACUGGUCGCUGAUCUGCGUGGAGGUGAAGCAGAAGAAGAUCACCUACCUGGAUUCCCAGCGCACCCUCAACCGGCGGUGUCCCAAGCACAUCUGCAGGUACCUGCAAGCUGAAGCGGACAAGAAGAACCGCCCCGACUUCCGAGAGGGCUGGAGAGGGGUUUUCCAGAUGAACAUCGCCCGACAAAACAACGACAGUGAUUGUGGAGCCUUCGUCCUGCAGUAUUCCAAAUUCCUGGCCCUGGGCCUGCCCUUCACCUUCACACAGCAGGACAUGCCGAAACUCCGCCGACAGAUGUACAAGGAGCUGUGCCACUGCAAACUCCUUGCGUGACAGCCCGGCUGCACCCCCACCCACCCCUCCUCUCUUUCUCCACCCCCCCCACCCCUCCCCUUCCCACCAAAGAAGCCGCAGAAUGACCGACCCGUCCUUGGACCGGAGCAGCUGCAGGCCAGGGACACCUCUUCGCCGGGCCUGGGGGCAGGUCCCAACCUCCCUGGGUUUCAGCCAGAGACAAGGGGACUGUCUGAGGUUUGAUCAACUGGACUUACGUUGGUGGGGGGGCAUUUUUUUUUUAACCCAAGUUACGCCCUGACCCCUCCUUCCUUCCUUCCUUCCUUCCAUUCUUUUUUUUCUUUCUGGUCAUUCUGUUUGGUUUUUUGUUCCUAUUUAAACCUGGGACAGGGUGGCCUUUCUCUCGGUUGUUUGGUUUAGGAAUUGAGGGGGAAGAGGGUUUGGGGGUCUGUUGGCAUCGGGGGUGACCGAGACAGGCCCCGCUCUUUGCGGGGGCUCCCUGCAGAUCCGAGGAAAGUGUGUGGAAUCCUGAACUCAGGACCGGAAAGGGAGGGGGGGCACGGGAGACCCCUGCACACACACACACCACCCCCUCCCGUGCUGUGUCACCCCCGUGGCUUCAUUGUGUUAGUUCAUAAUGUAUUUCUCCCCCCCCCACUCCCAAAAAGGGGAAGGUGUUAUAAAAGAGGGAAGGGGGCUGCACUGGGGGGGGGCCGGGGGGGCGAGGUUUCUACACUGGGGCCGAGAUUAACUGAAAACAAGCGUUUUUUUAUACAAUGGCUGCCAUUGUGGGUAAUAAAAAUUGUUCUUUGGAGAAGCAUUCAAGCGAACUGCACUUGUGAUGGCCCCGCAGGGUCCCAGAAGGCCGUUUCUUCCGAGGUUCAAGGCUCUGGGAUGGCAAGCUGGGAGGGGGGGGGUACUUGGAGGUCUUCUAGUCCAACCCCCUGCUUGAGCAGGAGACGCUAUUAUCAUUUCGCACAACUGGCUGUCCGGUUGUGUUUAAAAACCUCCAGCGAUGGAGCACCCAUGACCUCUGGUGGCAAGCAGUUCCACUGGUUCAUUGCCCCGUCAGGGACUCUCUCCUUAGUUCCAGGUUGCUUCUCUCCUUGAUGAGUUUCCAUUGUUUCUUCUCCUGCCUUCUCCUGACAAACCCCACACACACACACACACCUUCUUUGGAACAUCCCCUCAGAUACAACCACAAUCAAGCCCAAAAUUUUCCGUUGGUAAGCAAGACAUUUCUUAAGCUCUUCUCUUGCCCCGUUUUACAACUUUUCUUGCCACGGUUGACAAAUUUAGUCACCUGGUUGUUAAGCGAAUCUGGCUUCCCCGUUAACGUCGCUCUGGUCGCAAGAGGGGAUCGCAUGACCCCGGGACACUGCGACCAUCAUAAAUACGAUCCGCUUGCCAAGAGUCCGAGCCUUUUGAUCACGGGGCCCCGAGAGAUGCUUCGAAGGUUGCAACGGUGAAAAAUGCCGCUAGCUCCUUUUUUUCGGUGCCGUUGUUAACUUUGAUGUCACUAAAUGAAACUGUUGUAAGUCGAGGUAGAGGGCAAUGGUCAGUUUCCCCUCUUGUGCCAAAUAAGGGGUGCCACAGAGAGGCUGCCCCAUCAGGUUAGUGCCUGCACCCCGAAAACCUGCAGGUCUUCCGUUAGUCCCGGGGAGGGACAGAGGCUCUUUCCUUGGCAACCUCCUAUAAAUAAGCACGGAUGGGACUUGUAGUCCCAACGCACCAUUUUGAGAAAAGCUGCUUUGAGCUCCAGUCAGUCCUUGACUUACAACGGUCCACUUAGUGGCCAUUCGGAGUUAAAACAGCACUGCAAAAGGAGGACUUGUGGCCGUUUUUUCACUCUUUUAAGGCCGGUGCAGCAUCCCCAAUGGUCACAGGGUCAUAAUUCAGUCGCUUGGCAAUUGGCUCGUCUUCAUGACGGUCACCGUGAUCCAGCGGUCUUGGGAUCCCCUUUUGCGACCUUCUGACGCGCAGAGUCACUGGGGAAGCCAGAACUGGCUUAACGACUGGGUUAUGAACCGCUGCAGAGGUUCACUUAACCACCGUGGCAAGACAACGGGGUGAAACGGGAUAAAACUCGAGACCACCUUCUCUUAGCGACAGAAAUAUUGGGCUCAGUUGUGGUCGUCAGCCGAAGGGUCCAAAGAGGUCCCACCGAGUUAGGCAGCUUCUCGGGCAAGCCCAUCCAGAGACUGAUUUAAGAAGCCAUGGUUUCACGCAAGCACCGAGCCUAGGAUAGCUGGCUUCUUCCUGGAGUUCCCAACUGUUUCAA